AUGGUGAAGAUGAAGAGGAAAAGCAAUAGGAAUGGAGAGGUAGAGAGGAGGAAGAUGAAAGGCACGUUGUGUGGCAAUAGCAGUGGGCACUUACAGCUUCAGCUUGGUCAAUUCUCCCUCCUUCCCCUCCACCAACCAUCUUCUACUUCCGGUUCUCGCUUCCAGAACCUUCUCGAUUCUGAAGUUAACGACGUUGCUUCCUCUCGCGUGCCGGUUAACGACGAUGCUGCCGCUGCCGCGGACGACAAAGACUUCAUUCUCAGCCAGGACAUCUUCUGCACUCCCGAUUACAUAACCCCUGAUAAUCAGAAUGUUUUGAAUGGCUUCGAUUGUGACAAGGAAGAUACUCCUUGCCCCAAAUCACCCGAGAAAUUGAACACUACAAAAAGCAAGAGGUGCCGACUGGGUAAGACUAGUUGAAUCCCUCUCAGUCCUACCUUUUCUGGUGAUCAUCAACCAGUUGUGGAGCUUGGAAAGGAUUUUGUUGCAGAAGAAGUAGCCGUUGAGAAAACAGUAGCACAAAAUUAUGUGUCACAUUCAGCAAUUGCAUUGCGUUGCAGGGUUAUGCCUCCUCCUUGCAUUAGGAACCCCUAUUUGAAAGAUGUUUCAGAAAAAGAGACAGAUCCUUUUGGAAACCAAAGAUCAAAAUGUGCAGGUCUCUUCCCUGCAAUUACUGGUGGUGAUGGGCUUUCACGCUAUCGCACUGACUUUCAUGAAAUUGAGCAAAUUGGAAGAGGGAACUUUAGUAGUGUUUUCAAAGCAUUAAAACGAAUAGAUGGCUGCUUGUAUGCUGUAAAACGCAGCAUCAGACAAUUACACCAGGAAACUGAAAGGAGAAAAGCUUUGAUGGAAGUUCAAGCUUUGGCAGCCUUAGGUGCGCAUGAGAACAUUGUGGGGUAUUAUUCUUCAUGGUUUGAAAACGAACAGCUCUACAUUCAGUUGGAGCUAUGUGAUCACAGUUUAUCCAUAAGAAAAUGCUCUGCAUUAUUUACAGAAGGACAGGUGCUUGAGGUUUUAUUUCAGGUUGCCAAUGCACUGCUAUUUAUACACGAGAAGGGAAUUGCUCAUCUAGAUGUUAAACCUGAUAAUAUUUAUGUUAAAAAUGGUGUUUAUAAGCUUGGUGAUUUUGGAUGUGCAACUCUACUUGAUAAUAGCCUGUCAAUUGAGGAGGGCGACGCACGUUAUAUGCCCCAGGAGAUCCUUAAUGAGAAUUAUGAUCACCUUGACAAGGUGGAUAUCUUCUCUUUGGGAGCUUCUAUUUUUGAACUGAUUAGGAGGUUGCCUUUGCCAGAGUCAGGAUCUCAGUUUUUCAAUCUUAAAGAGGGGAAGUUGCCACUCUUGCCUGGUCAUUCACUGCAGCUUCAAAACUUGCUCAAGGUCAUGAUAGACCCUGAUCCGGUUAAGCGGCCUUCUGCUAGAGAGCUAUUAGAGAAUCCAAUAUUUUACAGGGCCCAAAGAACUGCGAAAAAUUGAAAAACCACG